AUGUCUAGAUCAAAUCCUUUUCGCCCUAGAAAUCUGGGCAAUCCCGCAGAUCCAUUGUCUACCAACUCGGGCACUUUUACCUCUGCCUUACCCUCUAAGCUUCUACCCACUCCACCUAUAGCCCCCAACGGCUACCCCGUGAAGUCGUCGAUAUCGCUCGAACGCGAGGUAGCUGACUCGAGCUCCUCGGACGAAGAGACAAACCCAUUCAAUCUGGUUGUGUCUGCGACCGAUAGUGAGGACGAAAUCAAUCGGUACAAGGGUGAUCGACCACCAGAAUCCUUUGGGUCAGCUCCCCACCCAGCUCCAUCAACAGAUGGGUCCCCAAACUACAACAUGCGGUCUGCAACAGGUGCAGAGAGCUUCCAUGCAGGACGUCCUGCAGCACGGCCGUCUCUAGAGCUUGACACAAGCAGCUCUUUCGGCCGAGUCAAAGACAAGAAGCCGCCGCCUCCGCCUAGGAGUCAUCACGGCCGCAGAAUCGGCUCUUCAGCCACCGCAGAAUCCUCCCAGACCGCCCUGUCCCGGUCAACUAACCGCCUAUCAAUUCCUGGUUCCCCGGGAAAUGUGAUGCUCGGCGCCUCGAAUCCCAACUCGGUGUCUCUUUUAUCGACCGCGGACUAUUUCUCGGUCUCUGGAGCGAUGGGGUCGACGGACUCGCUCCAGCGCAGCCAGUCUCAGCAGAAGCGUCCUCCGACGCCACCUCUCAGUCGACGGCACAGCCAGAUGCGGAGAUCCAAGUCUACACAGUCCCAAUCUAGCAGCAGAUUAAAUAUUUCGUACGAUUCGGAGAGCAAUGACAGCUCUCUGCCUCCCAGUCCGGGCCCUUCCAGUCGAACGCUCGUGAACAAGAGAAUCAGCAUGCCUCCGCCAUCCUUGGGAGACUUCCAGGCGACUAUCCCGUUGGGAGAUAUCUCCCUGAAUCUGUCUCCCCCAACUAACUCCAGACCAUCAUCAUUGAAGGCUGGGACGCGGGCAUCAUCCCAUGGGAGUGUACCAGGCUCUACUGGACCACCUCCACCCCCUCCGCCUCGGCGCACUCGAGAUUCCAUUGCCCGUAGUAGUGAUGUGGUGGGGUUGAAGGAGAACCAGACACCAGCCCCACGACCAUCCAAUGCCCUUGAUAUCCUGGCUGAUCUCACCAGACUUCAGAAAGAGGUGGAUGAUCUGCGGGGGCAUUAUGAGAAUCGGAAGGUUGAGUAG